CUAGAUGUAUUUUACUGUUUCAUUUUGUAAUGUAAAGUAAGGGUGUUACAAUUUGUUCUCUUAGGAAACUGUUUCUGCUAUUCUGGCUAUACCUUUGUCCUAUUCCCCUAUCGAGGAUCUCUUGGUCUUGCAUCAUGGGGCGUCUAGUGUGUAUUUGGUUAAAUCGGGGUAUCAAUUGGCUGUGGAGUCCUUGCGGCAUCCUUCUCGCUUUUGUCGAGAUUCGUGUUCCCCUUUUGAUAGAGGAUUGUGGAGGAAGUGUGGGGUCUGCCUAUCCCCCCCAAGCUCCGAUUUUUUGUCUGGCAAACCGGGGAAGUCCGCUUUAUUACAAAAUCCACACAACAUAAAACAUUUAAGGAGUUCGGAGUCCUCCGCCAACCUCAUGGCUUCCCUUCACGCUUGAGUCCCGAUAUCUAUAGUACACACCUUACUUUUGCUCUUGAUCUGAGGAAAAAUGGUGACGAAGGAUGAGUCGUCGCUCAGUGAAUAAAUUCUAAGCUCAGAUCGACAUCAAUACAAAAAUAGUAUUGGGCAGAAACACCCUAGCACAUAGCAGGACUUAAGUUGUUUAUCACACUUUUAAUUCCACUGAAUCAAUCAAGUACACAUGUUCACAUCCCAUCUCAGUCAAAACACAUAAAACAGAUGACAGAUAGAGGCAUUUUGCUUAUACAAUUUCACUUUCCAAUUUUUGCUAAAUGAUAUCCUCCCCGGGUAGUACAGUAGUGGAAAGCUGCAGGGUAACCAUGUACAGCCAUCAGAUAACUGGAGUACCACGGGACAAAACCCAGUAUGGUACGAAUAGGAGUGCACAAGGCACGAAACAAGAGUGCUCGCACCAACAGGAGUAUCGCGGGACGCAAACCGGACCGAUAGAAAACAGGAGUCGCCACGGGAUUACCCCAGCCCGGCUAACUGAAGAGAACAGGAGUACCGUGGGUCGUCACCCAAUCGGCACGGUGCGGAGCACGAGCGCUCAAACAUGAGUAUUGUGGGGUUUACCCACAUCGAUACAAACAUGACACACUACUGUACCGAGGUAUAAGAAGCCCUUUUACUUAUUCCUAUGUAUUCACCUAUUUUCAUUAAUAGUUCAUUUAGACACAUGUCAGUAAUCAUUCCGUAAGCUCACUUAUACACUAUAUGCUCAGAAGCAUUCAUAGUGCUUUUGCACCCUCACUCACAGUAGAAUGGAAUGUAAGCUGAGGAGCUUACUCUGAGUUAUUCAAGCAGAAUAGGAUUAGUAAGCCUAAUGGCUUACUCCAGACCUAAGCAGACAGGACGCGUUCGCAAGUUCGACUACUUACUCAUAAUCCACACAAUAAAUCAACAAAACCAAUCCAUAUGAUAAUUUCGUUCCACUUCAUGAUCAUUCAACCAUUUUCAUCAUUAGAUCACAUAACCAUGCUAAUUCUACAAAAUGUCAGUUGCAGAGGCAGCAAUGAUUUACAGAGGCACAGUAGAAAUUUAUAGAGGCAUACACAAGAUCAACCAACAAAAUGUCUUUCCAUAACUCAUCCACAAUUCAUGCAUUUCCAACUUCACACCAAAUGCAGAUGAUGAAUAUAUACCAAUAACCCAUCUUGGGUUCACUGAAUUUCAGAACCUAUAUCAUUUAACACACCAUAGAGACAAUUAUGGUCAUUACAGGAACCAUAUCACAUAGCCAUAUCAUUUCCCAUAAAUUCACAUAUUAUACAGGAGCCGCUUCAUGACCCCGAUAUGUAUUCGGGCCGCUUCAUUACCCGAGUACUGUUAUUAUGUUGAAGUAGAUGUAAGAUUAGAAUCUACUCAUUGUUUUGUCUUCACUCAGCUAUGCCCUUGCCUUUGGAUGAGCCCCCGGCUUGCUCCUUACCUUUAUAUACGAAAUUUCUAGGUUAUUCAAGCACCUAAGAUAUGUAUAAAGUCAUCAUAAUCAUGGUUGUGUUCAUGCAUGUCGAUAAGGCCACUAGGGAAGUCGUACGGCCGUACACUUUACCCUGCUUCACCAUUUUGGUCAUUGAUCCCUUGAUACUUAACCAAAUCAGUUGAUUCUUGUUUAUAUUGAAACUAGAUUCAUAGGGAUACAACAUAUCCAAAUUUUAGACCAUUAGGAUCAGCUGUUUGAGCCGAGAAAUCAUUUUAAGUUGACAUUUCAAAACUGUCAGCUACUUUCUUUUCACUUCAAAUCCAACUCUCCUACUUCUAACAAUUGUUCCUGACCACUCCAAAAUCAAAACUACGUUCCGAACAGUCAAUUCGAAGAACUCAAUAUGCUUAACCUGAUACCAAAUUUAUAGAACGAUCCAACGAUUGAUUCGUACAGGAUCUUACCUCUAAUCUGCUGUCCUGCUACAGGAAAACAGUGUCGCACCCGUUCUGUCCAGCGACAUUCCUCGAUGAACCAGGGAUCAUAACGAUGAUCCGAAUGGUCAAAUCUUAGACAAGGAAGUAUGGAACAGAACGUAGAAAUCGCAGGACGAUCCAACAGCUUGAGUGUCCGGAAUCAUCCUUACCAUAGGUUGUCCUGCUGCUGGACGAAUUUUGGCAGCACCCCUUGUUUCCUUCUUCCUUUCCUUGAUAUCCUUUUCUUUCUAUCUUUCUACUCUUUGUUUCUGAAAGGGAGAUGGUGGUUUUUGGGGUGGUGAAACCAGGUGGAAGAAAGAGAGCAAGAGAGGGACGUGGGAGAGAGUGAGGGAAAGAGAUGAGAAGAAAAUGAGAGAGAAGAGGGGAGGGCAGAUUUUUAUCUCCCCUUCUCUAGAAUUCUCCAACCCUCCAAAUUGCCCACUUGGCCCUAAACUUUCAUUCUCUUGCAAUUAAGUCUAAAGCUUUCA